AUGUAGGCUCGUAUUCAACAGCUAUCUAAACAUAUUCCAGAUAAGCGUAUUCACAACUAUGCUUUUUCCACAUAAGCAAUCAUAGGAAGAGGAUCGUAUGGAGUAGUCUAUAUUGGAAGAAAUAUAGAUUCAGGGUAUUCGAUAUUAUAAUUUCUAUUUUAGGUAAAUUGUUGCUAUUAAAGCAAUCGCCUUUCAACAAUAUUCCUCUGAGAAUCAAACAUUAUUACAAAAAGAAAUUGAUAUAAUGAAAGACUUAGACUGUCCAAAUAUAGUUAGACUUAUCGAUGUAAUUACAACGGCUAAUAAUUGUUAUAUAAUUUCGGAACUGUGUACAGGAGGAGACUUAAAAGAAUACAUGAAAAGAUCAGUAAUAGUUUAAUCUAAUAUUGUAGGGACCAAUCGAGGAAUCAGCUGCUACUAAAAUAUUGAUAUAAAUAUUGCGGGGGAUUCUUUAAUCAUUUAAAAGAGGAAUUAUUCAUAGAGAUCUAAAACCAGCUAAUAUAUUAGUGGCUAACAAUAAUAUAUUCAAAAUUGCAGAUUUUGGAUUUGCCAAACGAUUUGACAAAUUAGAUGAAGAUUUGAUGACAUCUCUUGUAGGAACUCCACUCUAUAUGUCUCCAUAAGUAUUAUUAAGAAGAUAAUACACAUCUAAAUGUGAUGUAUGGUCAAUAGGAUUAAUCUUCUAUGAAAUGAUAGAAGGUAAAACUCCUUGGAAUGUUAGAGAUAUAUUAGAUCUAGUUAAUAAACAAAGAAAUUAAAAAAUUAAUUUUUGUAAUUUAAUUUUUAUUAUAAUUAGCCAAAAAAAUAUCAAAACUAGCUUAAUAAUUUAUAACUGGUUGUUUGACAUAUGAAGAAAAUAAUAGAUUUGGUUGGGAGUAAGUUUUUACUCAUCCUUUAUUUGAAAAUGCAUUUGAAAGACAACCAAAAAAAGAAACAUAACAAUAAUCUCAACCUUAACCUCAAACAUAAAAUCCAUAAACAUAGCCUUAAAUUUAAUAAUUAUAUUAACAAACAUAAUAACCUCCAUAAAAUCCUGCACAAAAUUAACCUUAGUAAAUAGCUUAAAAUAAGAAUACUUCAAAAUAGUAAUAAGCUUCAAUGCAUUAACAAUAAAUUUAAUAAGUUUUCUCUUAAACUUAACCAUUAUAAUAACUAUAAUAACAAAUUCCUAAUUAAUAAUAAAAAACAAUAAUUCAACCUACAUAACAACAACCAUAAUUUUCAAAUACUUCAAAUUUAACUCCUUAAGAGGUUAAAUAAAAUAAAUCAAUGCAAAUAAUACCUAAUAUCAGUUCAAAUGAUGAUAAAAUUAAAAGAAAUACAAUAUCUCCUCUAUAAUUACAUAUUGACAAUAGAUAAGUUUAAUUGAUUAAAGGUAAGCAUUAUUUAAAAACUCAUGCUUCUCCUUAAAAUGAUGAAGAAAAUAAAAAUAAUAUAUCAAAUUAAAAAAUAGCAAAUUGUUAAACAUAACCUAAUACUUAAAAGAAGGAUAGAACUGUUAGUGUAGUUCAUCAUAAAGUCGAAUCAUAAUAGACUACUAGUAGAUAUAGUGAUAAUAAAUAAUGUAGAGAAGAUCAAUUCAAAUCUGAAAGAAAUUAUUGUCCUCCAAAACAUUUGUAUUAACAAUCAGAGCCAAAAUUUUUAUUUCAUAGAUAAUCUUCUGAAAAUGAUGAAUUCACUAUUAAUAGAAUGCUUAUUUAAAAUUAAAUAGAAUUUUUGUUAUUUCUAAAAAAACUAAGAGAAUAACUUCUUGAAUUCUAUGGCAAUAAUCAUUUGUAAGCAUCUACUGUUGAAAAAUUAUCUUUUAUACUUUUAAAAAAUGUAAUGAUCAAAACUACUGAUAUAAAAACUAAUCUUGUUGAUAAAUAAAUCAAUAUAUUAGAUUUAAGAGAUUUUGAACAUUUUAGAAUGACAGAAUCAUUUAGAAAUUUAGAAAAAUGCAUUUUAGAGAUUCAUUUUGAAACAUUUAAUCAAUUCUAAGAAACUUUCUUACAUUUAAAUGAAAAUUUAAAUUUAGUUAUGUAGGAUACAGAUUUCUUAGAAAUAUUUAAUAACAAUUUUGAAUAUUCCAUUCAUUUUGUUAAAUAUGCUUAUAAUUUAACUGCCUAAUUUAUUAAAUGUAACUAUUAAUAUUAUUUUAAGCCUUUUUAUAUGAUUAAGUUCUUGAAUGUUCAAAUGUGAAGAUUGUCAAUUUUACUUUUCUUUUGGGAUAAUUAGCUUAAUAUUUAUAAUAAAUGUCAUUUUCUCCAAAUGAUGUUAAUAAACUGUUAAGUAAUUGUCGUAGUUUCAAGGAGGAUUUUAGAUUAAAAAGAGUUGAAUGUCUAAGUUUGAUGGAAAAACUUAUAGUUAAAUACAAUUGA